GCAGCUCGACUAAAAAGCGGUGGCAGAGAGGAGUCCUGCUCUGGACCUCUGUGGCUGCACCAAAUGCCGGGAACCAGGUCCUCUGGGCUGAAGGAGACAAGUCUGGACCAGGACCAGGCCCCUGUAAAAAUGCCCGCCGCCUGAGCUUCAGACCAUGUACUCAUACAGUUGCCUGGCACCCGAGAAGGGCGUCUGGCCUCCGCUGCAGGCCCUCACCUACACCUACCUGCCCGCCCCUCUGCUGCUGCCUCCCAUCCAGGCUCACAACUUCUGCAGCAGGCCCCUGUGCCUAAGCGCGGGCGAGUGGGCGGCUCCGCGGGAAUAUCACAGCUUCCACGGCCCGAGCGCGCUCCUAGCGCUCGCGCCGCCCUUGUGGGCCUUCCCGCAGGCCCACGCCACGGCCCUGAGCCAACCGUUCCCCGCUCCCAGCUACCUGGGGCCGUCGCUGCAGUCGCCCGCGGCGGGGACGGCGGCGGCCCAGAGCUGGGAAUCCUGGCUAGAGGGCUGCAGCCUGCAGGCGGAGCUGUGCUGGGGCCGCGUGGAGCGCGCGCGGGGCCCGCGCCUGGAGCUGCCAGACUUCGUGCUGCGGGAGCUGCGGCGCGUCUACGGCACGUACCCGCGCACCAACGUGCGCAUCACCUACAGCGGCGGCGAGUUCCUGCUUCAGGCAGAGCCGCGCGUCCUCGAGCCCGAAUACCGCGUGAAGAGGCGUGUGCUCCGCCCUCCCGCCAGCAGCUGCAGUGGCGACAGCAGCCCCACCCGGGAAGCGCGCGGUCGCCGGAAGAAGAGGACAGGCCUGAGCUGAGGGCGCUGCGGGGCCCGGCGGCCGGCCCGGGUGAGCACGUGCGGCCCUCCUCCCCUGCGCCUGCCGCCAGCCCGCGUGGAGGGAGACCUCGGCUGUGUGUCGGCGCUGGGUGCACCUCUCUCCUGGAUUUGCUUUUUUACCAAAAUUGCCCGCCGCCCACCCCGUGCACCUUCCUAUUUCUCUCCGGUUACUGCUGGGGUGGGGCGGGGGGGCAGAGCGAGAAGGGAUCAAGGGCAUCUCGGUAGUUGUCCCGUUACUUUUUCCUUCCGCUUAGGCUUGGUAUGCCUGGGGGUGGAGUGGAAGAACGGCCCGGACCCUUCCCCGCCCACCCCCACCUCUUUCUCCUCCUCCUCCUCCCCAUCUUCUUCCCCUUAGAAGGAUGCCCUGCAGUAAGACCCCCACCUUUCACUUUUUCCUCUUCUCGUCCUUGGCAAAGCUCCUCGAACUACCCAAGUUGAGGGCCCACUUAUCCCCAGCUUACAAAGGUAAAUAAAUGAGUAAAGUUAAGUGUAUGCUGCGAGAUCACUUUUAUGUUUGUGAGUGGGGGUGUCAUCGUCUGUGUAAUGUGAGCUGUACUUCGCUGCCUGGGGUACAAGUUGGGGGGCGGGGGUGGCUAGUGUGGAGCUCCCCUCUUCACCAGCUCCUCCAGUGUGCAAGAGCACACCCUCCUGACUCCUGCGGCCCACGACCCCCAGAGAGAUACUGAUAGCAUAAGCUCCUAUGCUGAAGCAUGGGUGGUAAUUAUGGCUGAGGAAGGGAUGCCUAAGACAUAAAUUGAGGACUGGCUCUGACAUUUUUUAGUCAUGUAAGGAGGUUUUCUGAGCCUCAGUUUAUCUGUAAGGGAAGUAUAAAACCAAUCCAGCCUAUACCUAGAAAAUUUACAAGGAUUGAAAUUUAAGAGGAAUGUCACUUCUUGUCUCCUGAUUCUUGCUAAAAGUGUCUAAUAGACUGAAUUUGCAAUAUUCUAGAAGGUUUGCUAGAAGGUUAGGCCACACAUCCAGUGUUUACUACUAUGGGUCUAGCCAGCUCACCAGACCUGAUGCCCAGACUGUCUUAAGUUUGGCUCCUUGCGGAAUUGCUUUCAUUGAACUUCCAUCUGUAGCUGGCCAAGAGCUACCUUAGUAUACAGGUGUGUUAUUGAAGCUGUACACCACUUGAUUGAACACUGCUGUAUUUAUGAGUAUUUGGAGAAAUUCUCUCAAACCUUAACACUUGGAAAAUGGGUUUCUCCUGUUGUGUGGUUCGCUUUUAUCUUUGAAGCACCAAGGACUUCAUAAAUGAUCAUAUUUUUCUGUUUUCCCUGGUUGCUAGGGAGUUCAGCCAGAUUUGCUUGGCAUCUUUUGUGUAAAGCCUGAACCUAAACUGCUACCCCCCAGUUUAAUAUUACUUUCUUUUCCUUUUAAAAAAAAAUAAGGAGAUGGUAUGAUGUGAUGGGUCUGCUAUGUGACCUUAGGUGAAUUACUUAAUGUCCCUGAGACAAUGUUCUCAAUGCAAAUGGAGAUGGUGGUAUUAAGACCUGUCUCUAUAAGGUAAUUGAGAAAAUGCCAUAAAAUCCUGCACUCAAAAUGUUUCAGUACCUGGCAUGUACUAAGUGCUCAAAUGUUAGCAUUUGUUAAAAAACAAAAAAAGUUUGCAAUACACAAACACAUAAAAUAGGAAGUUAAAAUCUUUUCUAAUAUCCUUCUCCUAAGAGAUGAUCACUGGAGUCUAUUAUUUUUCUUUUGUUUUUCGGUGUACAUAGUUAUUAACUGUAUAACAGGAAUUUCACUGUUUUGCCUGUUGCAUUUUAAAUUCAGUGUAUCUUAGACAUCAUUCCAUGGCAAUGCAUAUAGAGCUACCUACCUCUUUCUUUAACAGCCACCCAAUAUUCUACAGCAUUUGGAUUCUUUCCAAUUUUUAGCUAUUAAACUCUAUCCAAAAAGUUUCUUGAGUGCCUGUCAUUUGCCAGGAACUGUUUUAGGCCCUAGGGAUUCAGUAGUGAAAGAGACUGCCCUGGCACGCUCUGCCCUUAGGGAGCUUGCAUUUUAAUGAGGAGAUCUGGGGAUGGCGCAACAGGCAAAUAGAUAAAGGGAAGUUAUACGUUUUACCACAGGAAUAAGGCUGACAUAGAAAAUUUGAGUGGGGUAGCUGAACUUAACUUGAAAUAAGGUGCUCAGGGAAAGCUUCUCAGAGGAAAUGACACUAAAGCCAAGAAUGUGAAGAAGUUAGCUUUGUCAAGAGAACUGUAAGGGAGAAGCCAGGCAGAGGCCAUGUGGGUGCAACAUCCCUAAGGAGUGAAAAUUAUCUUCCUUCACUCAGCAGGCAAUUGAGAGCCCACAAUAUGUCAGGCAGUAUUCUAGGCACUGGGACUACAGGAGAAGACUGAACAAGUCCCCGCCCUCACACUUUAGGGGUGUAACGUAGAGAAAGAGAUGGACAACAUGUGAAUGGGUGAAUAUGCGAUGCAACGUCAGGUAGUGAUAAAUGCUGGGGUGCUGUUUUCAAUAGGUUGGUUAGGGAAGACUUCUCUGAAGAGGUGACUCUAAGGUGAAGACCAAGUAAAGACCUUUACAAGCCAUUUGAAUACGUGGGAGAGAAAAGCAGGUACAAAAACCCUGGAGAGAGGCUGGAGUAUCCUUGCCCUAUGAGCCAGAGGGAAAGUGUUAGUUAAUGAGGUUAGGGACUGAGCCAGAUCCUGUGGGACCUUGAAGCCAUGUUAAGAAUUUUGGAUUUUAUUUUUGGGGUUUGGAGGGCAAUGAGGGAAGAAUGUGAUCAGAUUUUCUCUUAAAUCUUGAUGCUGUGUGGAAAAGAGAUUGUAGAGGAGCCAUUGUGGAAAUAGGGAGGCCAGUUAGAAGGCUUUUGAAGUAACAGGCAAAACAAGAUGACGGCUUGGUCUUAUUUGGAAGUAAUGAAGUUGAUGAGAAAACAA